AUGGCCCCCUCGGCCGUAGCGAUCCUCUCCAUCGGCGACAUGGGCGUCGGCAUUGCCAAGCUGCUCCUCGCCAAGGGCUUCACGGUCACGACCAACAUUGCCGGCCGCAGCGAAGACACGACGGCCCGCGCCCGCGCAGCCGGCAUCCAGCUCGUCGCCUCGGACGCCGAGCUCGUCGCCGGCGCCGCCGUCGUCCUCUCCGUCGUGCCGCCGCGCGACGCCCGCGCCACGGCCCAGCGCGUCGUCGAUGCCCUGCCGGCGACGGCGACGACGACGGGCGAGAGGCCUGCCGACGCGCCGCUGUACUACGUGGACCUCAACGCCGUGGCGCCUGCGUCGGCGAGGGCCAUGGCUCGGCCAGGGCAGGCGGAAAAGCAGACGAGAAAGCAGACGCGGAAGCAGACGCGGAAGCCGACGAAGAAGACGCCCAAUCCGGCUGGUCCGUCCCCGGCAUUCCCACCGCGGGGCCCGCACACCCUCGCCAGCCUCCCCGGGCUCGGCCGGCGCCUUUCAGCCACGCUCGGCGCCGCCCACAUGAGCGCGGCCGUCGGCGCGGCGUCGGGGCUGAAGAUGUGCUUCGCGUCGCUGAGCAAAGGGCUCACGGCGCUGGCGGUCGAGUCGUUCACGACGGCGCACGCGCUGGGCGUGCUGCCGCUGCUGCGGGCCGAGCUGCGGGCGCGGCUGCCGCGGCUGGCCGAGCAGGCGGAGCGCGCCGUCGUCGCCGUGCCGCCCAAGGCGUACCGGUGGGUGGCGGAGAUGGAGGAGAUCAGCGAGACGCACCGUGUCGAUGGCGGCUUUGCGGGCGAGGCCCUGUUUCGCGGCGCUGCGGACGUGUUUCGUGUCGUUGCUGACGAGACGGUGCUCGGCGCUGAGCGCGUUGGCAAGAGGCGGCGGGGGACGACGGUCGAGGAUCUGGCCGAGGCUGUGGCGGAGGGGCUGGAGAGGAAGAGGAAGAAGGAGGAGUGA